CACGACAUCCUUCAUUGUGCUGCCUUAGGUUUCACGGCUUUUCUGACUGCAUCGCAACGAUGGUUUACAUACCUACCAUCCUAGUUUCGUUCCUUGCCGGUGCUGCUGUUGCCAGUCCGCCACGCAACAUCCUAGGACGUCAGAUUUCUGGAGAUAAUGCUACUCUUGCCGUCACUAGUAUUAGAUACACUGGAGAGGGCUGUCCUGUUGGGUCUCUGAGUGGGAAUCUCGACCCCAGUGGCAGCUUUGAUGUGCUGUAUGAAGCCUUGAACACCACGAUCAAGGCUGGAGACCACAAAGUAAAGGUCAAGUGUCAGAUCGAAGUCGACAUCCAGACAGCUGCUGAUAGACAGCUGGUUAUUUUGAGCGGAACAUAUAAGGGACACGUGAGAUUGACGGAAGGGGCCUGGGCCAAGAACCAGAACCAAUACAAGUUCAAAGGAAGCCGAGGAACUAUCAACCUGGAAUGGCCCUUUAAAGCACCGAUUGACGCUGCAACCGAGUUUACCAACAAUCUUUCCACUGAAUUCCAGUCUGGUUGCAACUCUAACGGAGGCAAGUUCACUAUGAUCAUCAACAACUACUUGAGCAUGAGCAGUGAUGGCCCGGGCGAGGGUGAGAUCUCUAUUACAGAGCUUGAUGGUGUCGUCAAACAGUCAACCAAGCUGGCUACUGCGAAGUGUCCGUAGAGGGCAAUAUACUUGCCUUCAAUCAUAGAUAAAGGAAGACUCAUCCAUGAUGAGCGUGACAGUUCUCAAUACCAGUAGUACGGAUGUUUUUCUCAAUUAAUAUGG